AUAAAAAAGAAAAAACAGAGAGAGAGAGAGAGAGAGAGACUCACUGGCCUAAAAGCUUCCCUAUAAAAUCGUUGCGAAUACCUCAAAACCCUAGAUCGGCUCGGACCCUCUCUCACCGUUGUAGCUUGUUACCCUCUCAGCAGCCACGAGGGAAUGGCUCCUAAGCAGCCAAGCACGGGUCUUUUUGUGGGGCUGAACAAGGGCCAUGUGGUGACUAAGAAGGAAUUGGCUCCGCGCCCAUCAAAUCGUAAGGGGAAAACAAGCAAGCGUGUCCAUUUUGUGAGAUCGUUGAUACGUGAAGUUGCGGGGUUUGCUCCAUAUGAGAAGCGUAUAACUGAGCUUCUCAAGGUUGGUAAAGAUAAAAGAGCAUUGAAGGUGGCCAAGAGAAGGUUAGGCACUCACAAGAGGGCCAAGAAGAAGCGUGAGGAGAUGUCCAAUGUUCUCCGAAAGAUGAGGGCUGGUGGAGGUGGAGAGAAGAAGAAGGCUUAAUUUUCCAUUUUCACAUGAAGCGUUGUGGCAGUGAUAUCUUAGUAUUUGUGUUAUUCAAUUUUUAAAGUUGAGGACUAGAUACUUUUAGAAACAUGUUAUUGUUUUGAGAAAUGAAGAAUGGCAAGUGUUCUUGUCUAGUUUUGUUUAUUCCAACCAAAUAUUUUCUGUUUA